UGUCCUUCCUGUCUACGGCCAUCUCCACCACAUUACUCGCAAUAAUGUUGAUCUUGAAUUGAAACCAUAAUUACCUGAAUUAUCUUUACGAUCUGUUUUGUGCUAUCUUUUAUCCCUGCUUCACAUCAUCAUCGCCCAUCAUCCUCAUCCUCAUCACCAUCACAGAACCACCACCAGUGCGGACCGCCACAACCGCCUGAAAGCAACCCCCCAAGGCAACCCAACACACACCAUGACACGUGCACACGCACCGAUCCGUCUCCAGCCUUCGACAGUACUCACUUGGGCAUCGCGUUUCCCGGUCGUCCUCGUCGUUUCUUCCUCACAACCUACAUUGUUACACUAACUAUGAAUGAAAAACGAUCAUUCGCACUCGUAUCUGUCGCACACCCGUCUGCGGCCUGACAUGCCUGGUGUAACCUCGCCCGAGCCUCUGCUCCCUUUGGGCGAGGCGCUUGCGCAGGUCGACCCUCAUCGCAUCUACGAAGAGGCAAGACGUCAGUACGAAGUUCUCAUUCGCACACGCGAAUCGCAACCGAGUCUCACGAAGUCGAGAGCCGCAACCAAGAGGAGGAAUACGCGAACAACUCAUACUAACCCCGCCAAUAAUCCUCGCACAAUCAACCUCUCAAAGUACUAUCGCGACCUCUUCUUCGCAGCAACCCCAGCGCUAGACGCCGGGAAUACGUACCGGUUACUGACUGUCUGCCUGGCCUACAAAACCAAAGCCCGCGUCCUGCAGUACUUGGAGCUCCUACAGGGAGCUCCCGUCUCGUGGUUAAUCCCACUCAAGGACAUUAUUGAGGCCUGCGCAACAGACAGCGAGUUCGACGACUUCGACAGCGUCAAUGGCCGGCACCUCGUGGCUUUGGACAACAAUGGUUGGCAGGCGGGGAGGAGCAGGCGGCUGGCUUCCUCGAGUGCCAGCAGUGCGGGCUCCGAUACGUCAGCGCGGCCAUCCCGCAAAAUUCAAGACAAUAUUGCGGAGUCCUUCGACCUUCCAACAGGCCAAACUGGACCACGACGGCCGCAAUUCAUUAUUUCGACACUCCCACUAGCAUUUCCUUCAAUAUUUUUCACGGCGCUUGCACAGCAUGCACCGAAAUCAUGCCUCACGGCCACAACGCUUCUGUCCCACCCAGCAGCGUAUCUAUUAGGUCUAGCAGACCUGCUCAAGGCUAGGCUACGAAAUGAACACACGGCCAGUCAACAAAGCAGCACUCGCUCAACCCGAUCCGGACGCACCGCUCGAUCCGAGCACCAUUCCAGUCCUGAAGAUGGGCUCGAUUCCGAAGAUGACUUCUUGAUCCAUCUUUCGGGUGGAAAAGAGAAGCUUAGACAGCCAAACAUGCAUGCCAUGCUGCCCAAACACGCCGAGGGAGGCUACGAUAUUCCGGAUCUGGAUCGUUGGUGUCGAAUGUGGAAGACCGAAAGAUCGUCUUCGAGAGAGGAAGAAAAAAGCCAGAAGAUCCCAAUCAAGAUGACGCAGCGAACAGCCCGCCAGCGCCCGGCCAUCGACAUGAAGACAGCAAGGGAAGCGCGAACGCAGGCGCGCCCAACCAGGCCUCGAAAGGACUCUGACCUCGACUUGGGGCCUCGGCGGAUCACUCGCAGAAACUCUGAGAGAUCUUCACUGAGAGAAGGUGUAGCUGACAUCAACCGGAAGAGGGUCGACCGGGAGGCGAAUGAAGUCAAUCGUGCGAAAGAGGAUGCAUCAAGCAAAAGAGUUUUGAGGAAUAAAAAACUCAGAAGAGGUUAGGAGCAGAACUCAAUUGCUUUUUGCAUAGUAGCAGCCAAGGGAUCUGACGUUCACCCUGAUUGGAGAAAAGUAACUCACCCCAUAUUUGAAUAGAUACCCGGUCGUAUUCAACGUCGCCAUGUCAAAAUCACAAUUGCAAUGCUUGGCCAUCGCGCAACAGAACAUCAACUUGGACAAGCUUUGGAGCAACCCCAUCUUGUAUGAAUAAAUAUAUUUCUUGCCGCGCCCUAAUCAAGUACAAUGAAUUCCCAGU